GGCGGCUCCGCGGGGCGGGGCGACUCGUCCCGGAGCGCCAUGGCCGCCCUGCGCGCCCUGCUACCCUUUGUCCGCGGCCCGCUGCGCCCCCGGCUCGGCUGCGCGGCCCUGCGCGCCUUCGCCUCGGGUGCUGACUUUCAGUACCUCAUCACAGAAAAGAAGGGGAAGGACGGCAACGUGGGGCUGAUCCGACUGAACCGCCCCAAAGCGCUCAACGCGCUCUGCAAUGGCCUGAUCGUGGAGCUCAACCAGGCACUGGACGCCUUUGAGGAGGACCCCGCUGUGGGGGCCAUCGUCCUCACGGGUGGGGAGAAGGCAUUUGCAGCUGGAGCCGACAUCAAGGAGAUGCAGAGCCGAACGUUCCAGGACUGUUACUCCGGCAUGUUUUUGAGCCACUGGGACCGACUUGCCCGGGUUAAGAAGCCAGUCAUAGCUGCUGUCAAUGGCUACGCCCUUGGUGGCGGCUGCGAACUUGCUAUGAUGUGUGACAUCAUUUAUGCCGGAGAGAAAGCCCAGUUUGCGCAGCCGGAAAUCCUACUAGGAACCAUCCCAGGUGCAGGGGGCACCCAGAGACUGACCCGUGCUGUUGGAAAGUCACUGGCCAUGGAGAUGGUCCUCACUGGUGACCGGAUCUCUGCCCAGGAUGCCAAGCAAGCAGGUCUUGUAAGCAAAAUUUUUCCUGUGGAGACACUGGUCGAAGAAGCCAUCCAGUGUGCGGAGAAAAUUGCCAGCAAUUCCAAAAUCAUAGCAGCAAUGGCCAAAGAGUCCGUGAAUGCAGCUUUUGAAAUGACAUUAACAGAGGGAAACAAGUUGGAGAAGAAGCUCUUCUAUUCAACGUUCGCUACUGAAGACCGGAAGGAAGGGAUGACUGCAUUUGUGGAAAAGAGAAAGGCCAGUUUCAAAGACCAGUGAGCGCCUCUGUCUCCGCCUUGAAGUCUCUACUUAAAGAGAGAAAA